AUGGUCACUUUCAACAAAAUAGCACUCACUGCCUUGACUUUUGGUGGUUCUACUGUAACUGCAGAGCCAAAGCCCGCAGCCACUGCCUCUUCUCCUUCAUCUUUUGGACUCUCCGACUUUAAACCUGGUGUUCAAUGGGAGAUAGUUAUUCAUGAGCCUAUCAAACAUGACAGCGCCGCCGACUUGAUCCCAUUAAAGGCCAAGGUCUGGGACGUUGAUAUGGGCCAUGCUCGUCGUUAUCCUGAGAUGAUUCCUCUACUCAAGAGCGCUGGCAAGUUCGUCAUCUGUUACUUUAACGCCGGCGCUGUCCAAGCUUGGGACGACGACAAAGAUAAAUUUCCCAAGGCCGUUAUUGGACACUCAUUGGCCUAUCCUUACGAUAGCGAAGAGUGGUACCUCGACAUUCGCGACUCGACUGUGCUGAAGCUCCAAAAAGCACGUCUUGAUGUUGCCGCCAAGAUCGGAUGCGAUGCUGUUGACCCCGACAAUGUCGAUGCUUGGCAGCAGGAUGAAGGGGAUCCUACAGGCUUCAAUUUGAAGUCAUCUGACUACACCAAGUACCUUAAGAGUCUUGCUCAGUACGCCCACUCUAUCAAGACUAAGGACGGCAACCUGCUCCUUGUUGGCCAGAAAAAUGCGCCAGAAAUCGCAGAUGACCUAGUCUCGUCUCUCGAUUUUGCUGUCCUUGAGUCCUGCCGCGGAACUACCGACCCCGAAGAGGAGAAUUGGCCCUUCUGCGAGGACUUCCAGACAUAUAUUGAUGCUGGCAAGCCUGUGCUCCAGAUCGAGUAUCCUCCCUCUGUCGAGAAGACAGGUAAGCUCAGCUCAUCCGACAAGACCUAUUACUGCACGCCCAAGGAAGAGGAUAAGGAUUUUAGCAAGAUUAUUAAGUGGGCUUCUGCUCAACUUGACGGCUGGGGCCAGUACUGUGGCGAAGAGCCUUUCCGCACUCCUGUUAUCAAGGAGUAA